GGAUGAUCAUGUGACAGUUUUCGCGCGCUCACUAGCAGGGGAGCGGCAGUGCUGACGGAGCUCAUCUGCCUCCGCGGUAUCCAUAGUAAAUCACUUGGUUUUUUUCCUUUUAGAUUUUUAUUCGUUAACUCUAAGGUGUAAGUGGCUUAUUUUUUAAACUAAAAUUCAAAAUGCCCCGGACCCCGUUGACCUGCCCCAUUUGUUAUAAGACAAAAAAGACCCUAAAAAAGCAUCUACGAAAAAAAUGCAUGAAGAACCGGAGUGAUGAGGAAAUCAAGGCAACAUUUGCUGAAGCCAAAAGCAAUCUGGCUAAAGUUGCGGCCAAGGGUCUCGCUAUCAAAUUCAAUGAGGUUGCCGAACUGGUGUGCGGUAAAAAGUGCCAGAAAAAUGUCAUUAAGUUACUUAGUGACCGUGGAUUUAUGAUCUACAACAGUCCUCUUGUCACAAGCAACGGUAAAAAACACAAAAAGAAACGAAGGAAAGGAAAAAAAUGUGGACAACCGACCAAAGAGAAUCCUGGGUGUGAACAUCUAAGCUCUCAACUCCAAAAUAAGGCUGUAAAGAAAAAACAAGGAGCCGUCGUGAUUUGUGAUUCAGCGACAAAAGAAAAAGAACGCAAAGAAAGGGACACCAAAACUGUGAUAAUUGAGCCCAAUUAUAAAUGGAACCACCCGUUAAGAAAAAAGAUGGCGGAUGCAGGAAUGUAUAAGAGGCAUUCUGUAGAAUUAGAACCCCUUGCUGGCUUCCAGAAAUUCCUUUCAAAGACGUUAAGAAUAGUGCGUUAUAAACAAGAGGUUGAGAAUGUAGCGCGGUUUUUAUUCUUCGCUAACAAGAAAAAGCCAGCACUAGAUUUCAUUUAUAACAUCGAAAAGUCAUAUGAUUAUUUUGACAAGUUACUGGAAAUCGGCAACACUCACCAGACAGUCUUUAAUUAUCUCAAGAAUGUGAAGCGGUUUGUGUCUUAUCUCAUGAAUGCCACAUCACUCGUCUUCAGAGACAAGGAGACGUAUAGUGCGGCAGGGAUCUACCUGAGCCAACUUGGGAUAUUCCAAAAGCGUCUCCGUAAAGGAAUAGCUAAGGAAUGUGUAAUGAAGAAGGAAAAGCUCUUGUCUGAAAAAGUUAAGAGGCCGGAUGAGCUGGCAUUGGUUUUGACUAAUGCAGAACCUGCUUUCAAAAAGGCCAUACAAAUGGCAGAAAAUAGUGAUACACUACUGAAGAAGGAAAAAUUGAUAAUUCUCUACUUUUUGGAAUGCAUUAUCAUUUUUAGAAAAUUUCAGAGACCUGGGGUGAUCGAAAACAUGACGGUCGAUGAGUGGAAGAGAAGAUCAGCUUAUCAUGAAGAUCAUGUUGGUAUAUCCGUACAUGAACACAAGACCGGGGCACACCAAAUUGCAGUUGUGAUUUUAAGUAAAGAAGAAGAAAGAUGGUUCAAAAUCUACCACGAUAAAGUGAGAUCUACAUUUCUAAGGAAUGACGAAGAAAUACAAAAUUUUUUCCUCUCCUCCUCUGGGGGGAAAAUCUACAAUGUUUCUAAUGAUAUCGAUAGAUUUCAUAAAAAAUUUGGAACAAAACCAGUGACAAGCCAGCAAGUCAGACGAAACGCCGAGACCUUUGUGGCUUGUAACUCAAAAAACAGUAAUGAUAAAGAUGUAUUUGCUAAAUACCUGUCUCACUCAAAUGCUACGGCUGAGCGAAUAUACAGGGAGAAAACCAUGGAGAGCAUGGUGAGAGCCUCGUUAAUGACCUCAAGACUUUCUAAUGACCUCCAAGAGGAGCCAAGCACCUGAAAGUUUAUGCCUGGUUUUUCAGAGCUCGUCUAAGAAUUCUGCCUGAGAUGUUCAAUAAGGAUGGAAACAAGACCCCAAAGCCUUCUUCAAUAAAGCCUAAAAUGAAACCACUUAAGCUCUCAUCGAUAACAUCUCAAUCCGUCUCUUCCCCCACUGCUUUGUUGAAGGUGAAAAACUGAGCAGAUUGCAGAUCGUGGCCACACAACAUAUCAUUGAAAUGGAGGAGGCCAAAUGUGAAGCCCCUAGAAGUGCCUGCAACUAUCUUCAACAUUCAUUGUCCACGGGCCACACUGAGGUGGAAAAGCUAAUAUUUUGAUGACUUUGCAGCUACCGGAGUCUUUGCACCUCUGAGUUUUGUUCUUUCUUAUUUUUGUUACAUAAGGAACACACCAAU